UGAAGGCUGUGCACUUUGAUGGGUGUGGUUAUAAAGGUAGAAAGUAGGACGUCUUCUCUAGCAUUUCCCACGAAUAAGUCGACCUGGUCGUCGUGUUUAGUUCCAUUGAUGUGCAGUCAAAGCCGCUGAAAAUCCCCCCCAACCAAGGUUACAUUAGAGAGCUCGGUAAGUUGUAUUGGAACACUCGCUCUCUAGUGGUGAGAUGUCCGACACUAAGGAAACUUCAACACCGCAAUCACCAGACGGAGGGCCGGAACCACUUGGCAGUCCAACAUUGUGGAGUCCUUCUACCUAUCUCAGUAAUAAGAUCAGCAGUUUUACAUUGACCGACGGGCUGUUCGUGGACCGCUUGUUCCCUGCGGGUGAUGUCCAGCUGCAGCACGUCAUAGAAUGGAAGCGUCCAAAGGAGAUCUGUCCAUUUCCACAAUUCAUUGUGGAUGGGGCUACACGUAUGGAUGUUUGCCAGGGGAAUCUAAAUGAUUGCUGGUUACUGGCAGCAGUUGCCUCUCUUUCCCUGCACCACUCCCUUCUAAAGCAGGUUAUGCCAAUGGCUCAAAGCUUUCAGGAGGGUUACAACGGCAGCUUCCACUUUCGGUUCUGGCAGUAUGGUGAGUGGAAGGAUGUGAAGAUUGACGAUCUGCUUCCUACUAAGGAUGGAAAGCUGAUCUACCUGCGCUCAUCUCAGAGGAACGAAUUCUGGAGCCCCCUGCUGGAAAAGGCUUAUGCCAAAUUAAAGGGGGGCUACCAGGCCCUCAACAUGGGUUUCCCCCAUGAGGCCAUGGUAGACAUGACAGGGGGGAUAACUGAGGUUUUCAAAGUGGCAAAUCUGCCAUUCAAUCUGGGAGGUUUCUUGAAGCCCCUUUUGGCAAAAGGAGCUCUGAUCAACUGUGCAAACUCCCAGGGUCCAAUGGAGAAGAAGAACUUGUUGGGAAUCAUGUUCCGACAUGCUUACUCUGUCACCAGCAUGGAAAAGAUUGAAACAAAGUCAGGCCCUGUGGAGCUGGUGCGUCUACACAACCCAUGGGGGAGGGCAGAGUGGGAGGGGCCCUGGAGCGACAUCAAAGGGCAGGAGUGGAAUAACGUUCUAGCACAGGAACAGCAACGCAUUGAGAGGGUAAAGAAGGAGGAUGGAGAAUUCUGGAUGUCCUUGUCAGACUUCCGUCAAAACUUUGAUAUGAUGGAGAUUUGUCACUUGAGUGAUGACACAUUGAGCUCUGCCCAGCGGCCCUGGCAUGGCACAAUGUAUCAUGGAAAAUGGGUGGAUUAUAAAUCUGCUGGUGGUCCUUACAAAGGAGAGAGGUAUUGGCAGAACCCCCAGUUCCACCUGACUCUGCUGGAGCAGGAUGAUGACCCUGAGGACCCAGAGCUCAGCUGUUCCUUCCUGGUUGCCCUCAUGCAGAAGCACCAGAGACAGAAAGGAGUCCAUCUCUCCAUCGGCCUGCACAUCUACAAGGCUAAUUCAAAGAACCGCUACCUCUCCUCCUUGGAGCUAUCUCAACUGGAGCCAGUGGAUUGCACUCCCAGCUACCUACCCUGCAGAGAGGUGGUGAUUCGUGGUUGCUUGGCCCCAGGCCAUUACAUCAUCAUCCCCUCCACCUCCCAGAAACAUCAGGAGGGAGAGUUCCUUCUGCGGGUCCUGACCGAGAAGGGCAAUGGGGCUAAUCCUGUGGAAAAGCCCAGCUCUGAUGAGACUGUGCCUGCAGAGCCCAGUCCUACCUACUUGUCAGUGCUCCCCUCUCUCAGCCUCGCACACCAGCUCUUUAAAAAACACUGCAACAAGGACGGACAAUGUCGACCUGCUGAAUUGUUCAACUUGCUGACAGAGGCCAUCAGAGUAGGAGCUCUCUCAGGAAGUGAACAGAAGCUGUGUAUUGAACAUUGCAAGAGCUUUGUGGUUCUAAUGGAUAGCCAAGGGUUGGCCCAGCUUGACUGGUUGGAGUUUCAGGCUCUGUGGAACAAAUUCAAGCAGUGGACGAAUGGAUCUGAAACAAAGGAAUUUAUAAACAUCGUCAUCCCAUUUUUUUAAAGCUCAAAACGAAUUGGACAAGCAAUGUCAUGACCAACUGUGGCCCGUUUUCUUAUUAUUCCAUGACAAAUUAAAACAAUCCAAUGCUGUCUUUUCCCCCACUACUGGGUUCCCACUGCUGUUGCGGAGUAUUUGUAUUUCACACAACUGUUGUAAAUAAACCGCUUGUGGUCAUCUCUUCCCCCUGGACACGGUACAUGUGGAUUUGUUUACAAACUGGCAAAGAUAAUCUCCACGUCGACUUACUACACGAUUUCAUAUAGAUCGUAGGCUGUUGCAUAUAGCCAUUAGGGGUGUCACAAUUCUCCAAAUCCUUAAUUCAGUUUCAUUUUCUAUUUAAAAGUCACGAUUCCAUUUGAUUUUGAACUUUUUUCAGUUAUAUUACUAUUAAUGCAUUUCUUAAAGGUUGUUUAAGCGAUUUCAGGCCCAAAAAAGGCCCAAACAUAAAUGAUCACAUUCAUCUAAUCUUUCCUAACGAUCCGCUAGCUGUCUGCCCCAUAAGCAGGCCAUGAAAAAAACGUGUCUCUGUAGGCACCCUAGACUCUGAGAUCUGUACACAGAAACAAUUGCUACCAACAAGGGUUGGCAACCCACUCAAAAGCAAAAUAAAGUGUUCCAACCAAUAA